AUGAAUCGGCAACAGGCAGCGGAGAAGGCUCUGCAUGACCAGACCAACAUCUUGCCCAUCGGGCAAUUACUGAUUGUCUUUGCGGGUCUGGCAGUCUCCCUACUUAUCACCUUCGUUGAUCAAAAUGGCAUCAGUGUUACUCUCCCCACGAUUGCGCGCGAUCUCAAUGCGCAGGACACCAUUUCAUGGGCCGGCACCUCGUCUCUCAUUGCGAACACCAUGUUCACGGUGCUGUAUGGUCGACUCUCUGAUAUUUUCGGCCGAAAGAUAGUCUAUCUAUGCGCUUUGGGUCUCCUCUGUAUUGCCGACUUGCUGUGCGGCCUAUCUCAGAAUGCUCCAAUGUUUUAUGUCUUUCGAGGGUUGGCUGGUGUAGCUGGUGGUGGUGUCACCUCCCUGACAAUGAUCAUCGUCUCGGACAUUGUCACCCUCAAGGAUCGAGGCAAGUAUCAGGGAAUCUUGGGUGCAGCUCUAGGACUCGGGAACGUUAUUGGUCCGUUCAUAGCUGCAGCAUUUGUGAUGGACUCGACCUGGCGAGGGUUCUUCUGGCUCAUAGCUCCGCUCUCUGCAUGCUCCAUCAUCGUGGGUUAUCUUCUGAUUCCCAAUAAUGCCCAAAAAGGGAGCUUCCGGAAGAAUGUCCGCCGGAUCGACUUUUACGGUAUCCUGGCGUCGUCCAUUGGGAUCAUCUUCUUGCUCAUCCCUAUCUCGGGAGGCGGCUCUUACUUUAACUGGGACUCCGCGAUGGUCAUCAGCAUGCUCACAAUUGGGGGUUGCGCAUUAAUUGCAUUCAUCUUGAUCGAAUGGAAAGUAGCCGUGUUGCCUAUGCUUCCAGUGGUGUUUUUCCAGAACAAGGUGAUCUGCGCUCUGUUCUUGCAGAGCUUCCUUCUGGGAGCUGUCUACCAGUCCUAUCUCUACUAUCUGCCGUUGUAUUACCAGAAUGCUCGUGAUUGGUCUCCGAUUGUCUCGGCUGCACUGACAGCUCCAAUGGUCGCCUGUCAAUCGCUGUCUUCCAUCUGCUCUGGCCAGUACAUUUCCCGGCGGAAACGUUACGGAGAGGUGAUUUGGGCUGGCUUUUUCUUGUGGACACUGGGAGCCGGGUUAAUGCUGCUGUUCGACCGCCACACCAGCCCAGCGGCUAUUGCUGUCAUCGUCGCCAUCACUGGCAUAGGCGUUGGUGGCGUCUUCCAGCCGACCUUGGUGGCCUUUCAAGCGCACUGCACCAAGUCGCAGCGAGCCGUCGUCAUCUCGGACCGGAACUUCUUCCGUUGCUUAGGAGGUGCUUGCGGUCUGGCUGUAUCGGCUGCACUCUUGCAGGCAACGCUGCGAUCCAAUCUCCCCGCAGGAUACAAGGAUAUCGCGCGUUCGUCCUACUCGCUGCCAUCGAGGUCUGGUAUCUCCGACGCCGACUGGGAUCAGAUUCUUGGCGCGUAUGCCAAAGCAUCCCACUCGGUGUUCAUCCUGCAGGUCCCGCUGAUUGGCCUCUGUCUGGGUGCAUGCCUUUUCCUCCGCGACCGAGGUUUGGAGAGACCCAAGGAUCCGCAUGAGAUCGAAGAAGAGAAGAGGCAGGAGGAAGAGAAGCGACGGGAGGAGGAGGUGCGAGAACAGUCCGAGAAGCAGGCUGCUGCCCAGGAUACUGAAGCCCAAGCGGGGCCGGUGCUGGAAUCUGAGGCGAGUAGUGAGACGGAGACAGCCACGCGCUGGGAUGCGAAAGCGGAACCGGAGCCAUGA